UGUUGGCGCGUCCACUUCCGGCGCCGAAGAGUCCCUGGGAGUCGGAGCGAGGGGGAAAAAAAAAAAAAAAAAAAGCGGGCAUACUGUUCUUUUCUUUCUGCCUUUCGCCACCGUCGAAUAUUUUGAUAGCGUUCGUAUUUUUUGAAGUUAAGCGACUGUGAUUUUUUUUUGGGGGGCCGGCGGAGCCAGUGGAGGGUUUAGUGUUGGAAAGAGGCCUCAUUCAUUCUGUUGUCGUAGCCAGUUAACAUCCGGGGCCUUUUUCCGCUUGCUAAUUCCAAUGCUAAUGCUAACCCACGUUUCCUUCGCCAAUGACUUUGCUCGGCAUUUGUAAAUAAUAACCUCCUACACGUCUCAUUUCGCGUGGGCGACUUUUCAAUAUAUAUUACUAUUCGCACUCAAGUCGAUGCUAGAAUAAGAAGCGUGCACCUUUAGCAAAGCGCUUCCUUUUUUUUUUUUUUUUUUUGCUCACUUUGUUGCUAGGUCCGAGCUAUUCGCGCGAAGCCCACAAAGAUGUCGGACUUCGACGAGUUUGAACGGCAGCUGUCCGAAAACAAACAAGCUGCCGUCGACUCCGCUGAGACACUGCGCCUCAAGACACCCGUGGACGUACACCUCCGACUAUCAGCCGAACGUGAUAAAGAGAAUCGGCACCACCGUCGCUCCGGCUCCCGCAGCCGCAGCAGAGACCGCAAGAGGAGGAGCAGAGACCGGGACAGGCGCAGCCGGGAUCGCCGCGCAGACAGCAAGGAUCGCAGACACAGACGGAGCCCACCACCGAGCUUUCCACCAGAAACUCCUGCGAGCCGUUCUCCACAUCGUGAGAAAAAGAAGAAGAUUAAGAAGUACUGGGAUGUUCCACCACCUGGCUUUGAAAGCAUCAGCCCCAUGCAGUACAAAGCCAUGCAAGCUGCAGGCCAGAUCCCGGCAACAGCCCUCCUGCCCACCAUGACUCCGGAUGGCCUGUCCGUCACCCCCACCCCUGUACCUGUCGUGGGAAGCCAGAUGACCCGACAGGCUCGCAGGCUGUAUGUGGGCAACAUCCCCUUUGGCAUCACAGAGGAGUCCAUGAUGGACUUUUUCAACGCUCAGAUGCGUUUGGGUGGCCUUACUCAGGCCCCAGGAAACCCCGUGCUGGCAGUGCAGAUCAACCAGGACAAGAACUUUGCCUUCCUUGAGUUCCGCUCAGUGGAUGAGACAACACAGGCGAUGGCUUUUGAUGGAAUCAUCUUUCAAGGCCAGAGCCUGAAAAUCCGCCGUCCGCAUGAUUACCAGCCACUGCCGGGCAUGAGCGAGAACCCCAGUGUCUAUGUGCCUGGUACACAGACAAUUAAUGGUAUUCUUUCUGCAGGCGUGGUAUCCACAGUGGUGCCUGAUUCCGCCCACAAGCUCUUUAUAGGCGGUUUGCCCAACUAUCUCAAUGACGACCAGGUGAAGGAGCUGUUGACGUCAUUCGGCCCCCUGAAGGCCUUCAACCUGGUGAAGGACAGCGCCACCGGCCUAUCUAAAGGAUACGCCUUCUGUGAAUAUGUGGACGUCAACCUCAAUGACCAGGCCAUUGCUGGGCUCAACGGCAUGCAGCUUGGCGACAAGAAGCUGCUGGUGCAGCGAGCUAGCGUGGGAUCCAAGAACGCCACUCUGACCACCAUCAACCAGACCCCGGUCACGCUGCAGGUGCCCGGCCUGAACAGCAGCGUGACCCAGAUGGGCGGCCUGCCCACGGAGGUGCUGUGUCUGAUGAACAUGGUGGCGCCCGAGGAGCUGGUGGACGACGAGGAGUACGAGGAGAUCGUGGAGGAUGUCCGGGACGAGUGCAGCAAGUACGGCCAGGUCAAGAGCAUCGAGAUCCCCCGGCCCGUCGAUGGCCUGGAUGUGCCCGGCACCGGAAAGAUUUUCGUGGAGUUCAUGUCGGUGUUUGACUCCCAGAAAGCCAUGCAGGGCCUGACAGGAAGGAAGUUUGCCAACAGAGUGGUGGUGACCAAGUACUGCGACCCGGACGCUUACCACCGCCGAGACUUCUGGUAGAGGAGGCGAGUUGGGGGAAGGGGGGUGGGGGGUAGAGUUUUGUUUUCCAAGCAGCAGAUCAACUUCAUCUUCAUGGCUCUCAUGAGAGAUGAGACGUAACUAGGUUGUUCUGCUCCUUGGAAGGGGGAGGGGCUUAGCCCUUUUUUGAGAAUUGUGUGUUCCGAUUGGUCCGGGCUGGGGUUGACCAUUUUUAUACUUUACGAGUCGGGGGAGGGGGGGAGGGCACAGCAACACGUCAAUGUUUGUAUUUAAAUGGAAGGAAAUGGUUAGCGGCGAAAAGGGGGAGGAGUCAGAGAGACGAAGGCAUUUUUGUUUGGUCACUCAUUAGUUGUAACGUCCAACUCCGUCAUUAGAUCCACCUUUUUUUUUUGUCAGACUACUGCUCCCCUUUUGCCCCCCUCUGGACGAUUGCUAGAAUCUUCCGUGUGAAUGUCAACUGUUAAUGUGUGUAUCUUUACUUCCUGACUUCUGCUUUCAAUAUUUCUCCUCACGCUACCAACAUUUAUUGGCCAUGAGCUUACCAAAAGCCUUAAUUCAAAUGAUUCCAUAACGAUCCAGCCCUUAAUUAGUGAACCAUGUCCGGACUUUCACUUUCUUGUACUUUCAUUUUCCUUGUUAGCAUAACGAUUUGAGAUGUAACGUGCUUGGACCCGCCCACGACUUUCAUUGACAAGACCAAAUAAACAUGAAUAGUACACACGG